AUGCCUUGGGCCAUAAAUUGGAUGUUCGUUAACACUGAGAGUCCUUCUGAAGCUUCGCUGGAUAAUUCAACCAGAAUGCUGUCAUCGUGCCUCAAUACUCCGGAGCUUACCUGGAACUUCCAGCACGAUAUUUUUCUUUACGUUGCGAUCGCCGUCUCAGCCACUGCUUCUCCGUUAAUCACUCUUUCAAACAUCUUAGUGAUCUUAGCGGUCAAGAAAUUCAGAGAGUUACAGAGAAAUUCUAACAUUCUGAUCGCUAGUUUGGCUGUGGUUGAUCUCUUAGUGGGUGCAGUUUCUAUGCCACUGAAAAUCGCUUUGAUUGCACUGAUCAUUCGAGGAACUGCAUCAGAAAACAUCGUCUGUAGGUUAAGUGAUAUCACUGGCUCGUUCAUGUACACUGUUUACAAUGUUUCGUUUUAUCACUUAGUUUUAAUAGCCUGGGAGAGGUACACAGCUAUAGUAAAAUGCACGGAUUACAAAAUCUUGGUUACAAAAGAACGCUUACAGAGAUAUGCCGGACUCGCCUGGAUAGCAUCCGUCGUAACGAAUGCCUUGCAUCCCGCUUUAUCGGCCGCUGGUGUUGGUGAUGAGGUUCUCCUGACUCUACAUGUAACCUCAGUUCUUGUCUGGUUCAUAGGCAUGUCCUUGAUGGCUUAUUUUUAUCGUAUGGUCUAUAUUGUAAUACGGAAUCGGAAGGAAAGCCAAAUCAGGCGCGUAAAUUCUUUAAUCAAAGCAAGGAUUGAAACGAAGAUUGCUUUUACUGCUGUUGUGACAAUGGUAACCGUCUUCACGUCCGCUGUUCCUCUAAUGUGUUUUCUCAUUCUGGCAACAUUUGUGCCUUUUUUUCGUGCAAACUCGGUUCACCACUGGGGUGAAAUUAUCCUCCAGUUUAACUCUCUUGCAAAUCCUUUGCUUUAUUUCUAUAGAAACAAACACUAUAGGAAAGCCGUGCUGGAGCUUUUGAGAUUCGGGAUUCCUAAGGAAGUCGAGCCGACUUGCAGUAGGUUUGAAUUUCAUGAGGCUGAGCGACACCGUGCUGUCGUUGCUCUCUUAAGCUUUCGAAGUCUUGUGGACAUCGAAAGUGUCUCGUGCCAUAGCCACAGGCGGGCACAGUCAUGUGCGGCGAGGACCAGCCGUGGCAAUUCACGUAACGCACAACAACCUGACGCACAACAACCUUUCAAGGUGCAGUUGGACAAGGCACCUGGAGAGGAACCGGCUGAACGAGAGACUGUGAAGUCAUUUAAGGAUAGCGACAACGAUAAAAAGCCACAUCUCCACAAAGUGGGGAGAUCAAACUCUUUGAUGGAUAAGGGGGCCGUUGUAGAGACUAGCGCUUGGCUAAGUGUAACGGCAGUUAAAAGGCGAAAUUCAGCGCCAUCGGGUCUUGCAGCGAUUGAAAGUCGCUCACGAACAGAAACCUACAAUGGUACAAACUUUUAG